GGAUAAUUUUAAUAGUAUCGGAUCCAUGUCCUUUGCUGCUGCGCCGCAGGUGUGUAAGAGGGAUUUAGAAUCUAGGGUUUUGAUAUGCGAAAAAUAAAUGAGAAACAUUAGCAGAUUGAAGUGGUUGUGCACGAUUAUGGUUGAAAAACCCUAUGGCGUGAUGAUUGGCAUGAGGGUCAGAGUCGGAGCGGCUCAAACGCAUUCCUUUGCAACGGGAGCAUACUCUGGGAAGUCAAGGGAUGAUGCUGAUGCCAUAAAAAUGAUUGUGGAUCUGCGCUCAUCCUGCAGCAGCGGGUGUGUGGAGCUGAAGAAGAAGCUGGAGCAGUGCGGCGUAGCAGCCUCAGCCUCAACGGAGCUGGUGGUGGAGAUUCUUUCGCGUUUUCGCAACGAUUGGGAAUCGGCCUUCACCUUCUUCCUCUGGGCAGGAAAGCAGCGUCCCCAUUCCGUGCGUGAAUACCACUCGAUGAUCUCCAUUCUGGGGAAGAUGAGGAAAUUCGACACUGCCUGGGCCCUGAUCGAUGAAAUGCGGAGCGGUUCGUGUUCGGGUUCGGGUUCGGGUUCCUCCCUUGUCACUCCUCAAACUCUGUUACUCAUGAUUCGAAAAUACUCUUGUGCUCAUGAUGUUGGGAGGGCCAUUCACACUUUCUACGCCUAUAAGCGGUUUGCGUUUGAGGCCGGCAUGGAUGACUUCCAAGGCCUUCUCUCCGCCCUCUGCCGCUACAAAAAUGUCCCUGAAGCUGAGCACUUGCUUUUCUGCAACUCACAUGUCUUCCCAUUUAACACCAAGAGCUUCAACAUUAUUCUCAACGGCUGGUCUAAUAUCAUCGUUAGUCCCCGCCACGCCGACCGAAUUUGGACUGAAAUGACCAACCGGGGCGUCCCCCACGAUGCCAUUUCCUAUUCAUGUCUCAUUUCUUGCCAUUCCAAAUCCUCCAAUCUCACCAAGGUGCUCAACAUCUUCCGCCGCAUGAACAAAAUGAAUGUUGAGCCUGACACUAAGGUUUACAAUGCCCUCAUUUUCGCUCUUGGAAAAGCCGGUCUCUUCAAAGAAGCUUCCAAUCUCAUGAAAACCAUGCAAGAAAAGGGUCUUGCGCCCAACAUUGUCACUUAUAACUCCCUCAUCAAGACUCUCUGCAAGGCCAGGGAAAUUGAUCAAGCUACACACAUUCUCCAUGACAUGUUGCACCAUGGCCUUGUUCCAACAAUUCGGACUUACCAUGCCUUCUUCCGUAUUUUAUCAACCGGGGACCAAGUGUUUGAGCUCUUGGAAAAGAUGAAAAACACCGGUUGCCCUCCAAAUACUGAUACAUACAUAAUGUUGAUUAGGAAAUUCUGUCGAUGGCGCCAGCUUGAUAAUGUCUUCAAGAUUUGGAGUCAGAUGAGCGAGAAUGGAGUCGGUCCUGAUCGUAGCUCAUAUAUUGUGCUCAUACAUGGGCUCUUUCUAAAUGCCAAGUUGGAGGAAGCCCACAAAUAUUAUAUGGAGAUGAAAGAUAGACACUAUUUGCCAGAACCAAGGACAGAAGAGAUGCUUCAGGCAUGGUUGUCUGGUAAGCAGACUUCUAAAUUCCAAACAACAGAUGGAGAAGUUGAUCAAGUGGAUUGUACUCAGCCAGCUACGAAUACUAAACUAGUAAUCCCCAAGAAAUCUCCUCAGGAAAAACAUUUCCGUCGGCAACCUGAAAGUAGGAAAGUUGUAAGAGAGCGGGGUUUUUCUUUUUGGGAGCAGUAGAUUUCAAUGAAAUGAAAAAUCUCUGCAGUUCAUGGUCUCUGUAUCCACACGGCCACGGCUGGUCAGCAACCUUGAGCAUCAGAUUUCCACGAGCUUAAAAAGAUCACGACUUUGCAAGUGUGCCCGGAGUUAAAAUUUGAGUUGGAAGGCAGAUUGGAGUGGGAAGGUAUCUGGAGCCAAGAGUUCGUGGAAGAUUCCAAUAUAUUAAUACUAAAGAUAACACGUGAUGCGACUCUUUUUGGGGCGACGAUAUAAGACAUCACCCAAGAAACGUCAGCUGCUCUCUAAGGCAACAGUACGGAAAGGAUAGACCUUGACCAUCAAAGGAAGGUGUUGAUUGCUGCGUCUUUGAGACAUGACUAGAUUUAGGUUUUGCGCUGCUAGCCCUUUUUUUGAUUGGUGAAAUGACACAGAGCUCCGGAUGAGACGAACUAUGUCUAAGGCGUAAUAAGUAGAAGCAGGACAGCAUGAGUAGGAAUAGGUAUAAGAACCACAGGCCAAAGAAGAGAUCUAGCCUACAUUAACCCCGGGUGAAACCCACCAAAUAGAGCCAUUCAAUCUUAGCUAUGUUAGGCCCAGAAAGACCCAAAUGGAUCACCCAACAAAACUCUAGCCACAAUGCCUAGCGGCAGGAAGGAUCGCCGACCACACCCAAGGAGCCGUCAAUAGAGACUACCAAAAAGAAUACUCCAAAUCUGAAGAACGCUACCCCUGUUGGUGGAAGAUGACCUGUUCGCUCCAUCAGUUUCCAUGUGAGACAAGCAUAGGAAGAACUCACCUAGGACAGAAGGAAGCAUCACCCAAAGGCACAACGCCAACUUGAUUGGUGUUGCACCAGAUUGUUACGAAAAUAGCUUAGAAAUGGUUUUCUGAGUCAAUUGGGAGAAGUCGGGCUCGUGCAUGUGCUAGGCACGUGGUUAAUUAGUUCAUUCUGUUAAUUAGUGCGUUAGUCUAAUUAAGCAUGUUAGGGUUUAAUUAAGCAUGCUUACUCCAUGUGCGACACAUUGCCACAUGAUAAGGGCUAUAUAAGCCUCACUUUGUAGCUCGAAUAUCAUCGAUGAAUAUCAGUAUUUUCUUCAAUUUUUCCUUCGUUUCCUUUGCAUUUUCUCUCCAGUUAGGGCUCUUACCCUAACAAUUGGUAUCUAGAGCCACUUGAUCAUGGGCAAGCUUAAGGGUGCGGGGUCUAAGCCGGCCUUUUCCCCUCUUGUCUCGGACGCUCCUCUUGUUUCCGGUGAGCUUUCUCAUUUGGAGUAUGAGCUGCAGCUUCAUUGGGAUGAGACUAGUGCUCGCCUUGAUGAGAUUCAAGCUUCUCUCCAGGACUCUAUGGCCACCUCCUUGGCUAACUUCAAAUCCUUAUUGAUGGAGUAGUUCAAACUCCAGCUCACUACGAUUAUCAAAGACAAACCCCCUUCGGAAGCUGCCGGCGACAUUGCCAUUCCUCAGGCGGACGGGACAGUCAAAUUUGGAUCCAUACCGUCACCUAUGCUGCAGCAGCGGUUGGUGAGUGUUACCGAGUCUUCCUUGUCUACGGUGGCCAGAUCUGAGGGUAACUUUGUUCACACCUCUGAUGCUUGUGUUUUUAACACUGGUAAUAGUGAUAUGUUGUGCAAAACUGUUACUGAGACUAUGACUACUACUGUGGAUUCAUUGAUUGGGGGAAAUCAUGCUAGUAAGAGCAAGGGGGGGUUCUCAAAUUAACGGAUCUAAACAUGGAAAUAUGAGUGGGGUGAUAACUCAAGCAAAUAAUUCUGUGGGAGGAACUCACCUUCAGGCUAUACAGCAGCCUACUAUGGGGUCACAGCCCUUCAGUGCACCACCUAGUUCAUUACAUGCUGGCAUGACUUUUGGCUAUCCCCAAGGUGUUAGCCAAAACAUACAUGAGCAUGAUCCUUUUAUGAUUACCUAUUCUGGACCUUAUUCAACAUCCAUGAUCAAUUUCACACCCACACUUCCGGCUGUUAUGCCUCACUUAAAAAACCCAAAGAACAACACACCAAACUUCAACGUGAUAUCCACCCUUGCCACCACUACAACUACCCAUGCCUCACCUCCUUAUUAUCAGCAAGUUGUUCCAAUGCAGACAUUUACACACAUACUACCUCCACCCUAUCAUCAGAGUCAUACAAACUAUUUCCAACCAGGUCCACAGAUGCAGCCAAAUUAUUUUGGAUGUCCUUUCAUUGAUCCCAAUUUACCUACCAUGAAACAGAUGAGGUUGGAAUUCAAUGUGUUUAGUGGAGGAAACCCUGUGGAAUGGCUCAACAAAGCUGAUCAAUACUUUGAGUUUUAUCAAAUACAUGAAGAUAGGAAGCUAUCAAUUGCCACAAUGCAUAUUUGUCCGAUAAAGCCUUAGAUAGAUGGUAUAUGUUUAGACAUGAAUUUCCAAACACUUGGCAAGGGUUAGCUGAUUUACUAAUGAGGGAAUUCAGUGGCUACAAGAGAUCUGAAUACCAGGUUACUUUAGCAAGAAUAGUCAAACUGGUUCUGUGGAGAAUUAUAAGGAGCAAUUCACAAAACUUUCAAGAAGGGCACCUGGUUUCCCUCCUGAGGUAUUAUUAUCUUGUUUCAUUGGAGGAUUGAAGGAAGAGAUAAGAGUGGAUGUGCAAGCUCAGAGACCUAGUUAUAUGAAGCUUGUGAGCUUGCUAGAGUCUAUGAAACAAGGAGUGAAAGCCACAUAAAUUUCUCAAGAAACUCUUACAGUCACAAAACAACCAUAGGUAGCAGCAACAAGGUUACAACUGAGGUGAGGGCUAAUGUUUGGCCAAGUGCGGCUUCUUUCACUCCUCGGAUCAACCAUAGUAACUCAACCUCCUCAAAUAGGAACAACAAUGUCAGGGUUAAACUCUCUGAUGCUGAGUUUGAGGCUAGAAGAGCUAGAAAUCAGUGUUACUUCUGCAAUGAGCCAUAUAAACUUGGGCAUAACUGCAAAAAAAGGGGUCAAUUGAUGAGUAUGGAGAUUAUACCUAAUGAGGAUGAAUUGGCUGAGGAAACUGAUGAGAAAUACCUCCACCAAUUGUUGAUAUUGAAGAACCAUUGAUUCGCCUACAGGUCAUGGGAGGAGGAAAUGCACAACCAACAACCAUGCAGUGGAAGGGAGUUUUCAACAAAAGAAUAGUGCACAUCCUAAUUGAUUCUGGUGCCGCACACAAUUUUAUUCAUCCACAAUUACUCAAAGGUUCCAAGGCUCAAAUACAUCAAUUUUCACCAUUAAAUGUGAUUUUGGCCAGUGGAGCAAAAAUGCAAACUAGAGAAGUGAGAGUACAACUUAAGCUACAGCAAUUCGAAUUCAUGGAUGAUUUUUACAUACUGCCAGUGACUGGAUGUGAGAUGGUAUUGGGAGCUUGUUGGCUUAAAUCAUUGGGAGACAUUCCGUGGAAUUUUGAAACCAUGAAAAUGAAGUUCACAGUUGGGGGCAGUACUUAUCAAUUGCAAGGAGAGACUACUGCUGAAGCUUCAAUCAUCAGUUGCAAGGUGUACAUACAUAGCACUUGCCGGCCAUAAUCAGCACUUAGACUUGACCAUGUCACCUUGUCAGAAUGAAUUCAAUAGUGUAACCCCUGCAAACGCAGCAAGACAACCUCCACCGGCAAGCCAACUCCAGGCUGAAACAUGGCUUGACGCGCCGACACGCGCCACCCAAAGUUAGAAAGGUUGAAGCUUUUUGUGUUUUGGAGCUUAUUUAUACUUUUGUCUAUGGGAGAGAGGGGUGGAGGCCAUUGUUGUAAUUGAGAGCUUCUGUGAGUGAGUGGGGUGUUGCCUAGUAACAUCUUCCACAUUUUCUGUGAAGGAGAUGCUAGAUUCGGUCUCCGUGUUGCAAUGAGAUCUACCUAUGUCGCCAUUGUCACAAUGAAGCCUCGAUAUUGAUAUAUUUACUGAACAUUGUUUCAAUUCUUAGUUUUUUGGUUUUUUUUUCUUAUCUGGGUUAUAUUUGAUUUCUUCAGAGCAUGUUGAGCAACCCCUUUGAUCGGCAUGAGCUCGUUAGCCACGAUGUUGAACAAGUUGUUUGUUCAAUCUGUGACACAGAACAGCCGGUAUGUCUGUUUCUUGUGUUGAUUUUGAUCUAUGAAAGAAAAAAAAGAAGAAGCCUUUUGGGUUCUGAUUUUGUUCAAUGUCUGUGGAGAGGAGAAAAGAUGGUGGGCAGGUAUGGGUUUGUGGAGGCUAGGAGAAAAGUUGGAUUUGAGGGAGGCGGUGAUUUUGGUAGCCGGAGAUCAAAGAAGAAAAAGAAGAUUUGGUCGAAGAAGAAGAAGAUUUGGUCAAUUUUUGUCAUGGUGCCUUUUUUUUUUUUUUUCCCCUUCUCGAAAUGACAAUUUUAGCCCCCAAAGUGGGCUUCUUUGUCA